AUGAUGAAAAGUCAAAGAAGAAAAAGAAGAAUCAUCAUCACAUCACUAUUAUCAACGUUUACCCACAACCGUCACCAUUCAUGUCCCCUGGCUAUGGCUAUGGCUAUGGCUUUGGCUACAACCAGUUAUUCUUCCCACAGCAGAUCACGUCCAAUCCACGUAGUUUCAUCUUCCUCAUCAUCUUCUUCUUCCUCUUCGUCAUCUGACUAA